AACCGCAGCCAACCUCGAUCAACUCAUUCAUCUUGACCAAGUUCACAAGCACACCUCCAGGCUCCAACCUCCACAACAAUGGCCACCAAGGUCUUCAUUCCCCGUGUCGAGAGCCUUGCAAACAGUGGUCUAGACGAAAUUCCCCCCGAGUACGUGCGCCUUGAGUCCGAGCGAGACGACCGUCUCGGCGACGCCAUCGAAGAAGAGAAAAAAUCAGACGAAGGUCCCCAGAUACCGACCAUUGACAUCAAAGGGCUCGAUAGUGACAAUGAGGCUGUGCGCAAGCGGUGCGUCGAGCAUCUGCUCGACGCCGCUGUGAACUGGGGAGUCAUGCACAUUGUUGGACAUGGGAUUCCGGCGGAGCUCAUUGACAAGCUCCGUGAGGUUGGGACACGGUUCUUUGAUUUGCCGGUCGAGGAGAAGGAGAAGUACGCAAAUGAUCAGCCCUCUGGGAUGAUACAAGGGUAUGGUAGCAAGCUCGCUAACAGUGCUUCUGGGCGUCUUGAGUGGAUGGACUACUUCUUUCACCUUAUGUUUCCUGAGAAUCAGACUGAUUUGUCCAUUUGGCCUCAUUAUCCUUCCGAUUAUGUUGAAGUGACAAAAGAAUUUGGCAAAGAGCUCCGGGUGAUGGCGACAAAGAUAUUCACUCUCCUCUCCCUCGGUCUCGGUCUCCCGGCCGAGAAGCUGGAGACCGAAGCCGGCGGCAUGGAGAACAUCCUGUUCCAAAUGAAAAUAAACUACUACCCCAAGUGUCCCCAACCCAACCUCGCCCUCGGCGUUGAAGCCCACACAGACGUCAGCCAUCUCACCUUCAUCUUCCACAACAACAUCCCCGGCCUCCAGGUCUACUACGACGGCAAGUGGGUCACGGCCAAGAACGUGUCGGACUCCAUCAUCGUCCACAUUGGUGAUUCGCUCGAGAUCCUCAGCAACGGCCUGUUCAAGAGCGUACUCCAUCGUGGGCUUGUUAAUAAGGAGAAGGUGAGGAUCUCUUGGACUAUCUUUGCUGAGCCACACAAGGACAACGUGCUGCUGCGCCCGUUACCGGAGCUUGUAAGCGAUGCCUCCCCGCCCAAGUUCGGGCCACGCACGUUCGCGCAGCAUGUGCGGCAGAAGCUCUUCAAGAUAAAGGAUGAUGAAUCAUCUCCUCCUGCUGCUGCUGCUGCUGAUGCUGCUGCUAAGUGAUCCACUGCCACUGGGUUGGGGUUCAUAUAUAAUAAUUUAAGUGAGUUUAGAAUAAACUAUAACGUUUGGACAAAUUGGCCGGGAAGUUUCAAUGAAUAAAUUGAUCUUUGUAUUGGUUUUGCUACAGGACCAGCUCCAGCUGGUUUUAUAUGAAUAAGAUUCUAGGUGGUGAGCCAAUACUUUUAAUUUAAAA